CCCCGCGCGGUGUCGGGCGCAGACGGAGCGGAGGCGCCAUUUUGCGCCGCUGCGGGAGACGGUUUGGGAGGCUCUGGCGGGAGGGAGGUGGCAGCGAUACCGUGUAGCGGUAAUAAUAACAGCAACAAUAAUAGCAGUAGCGGUUGUGGGUACAGUUGCUGCUCGGGACUAGCGUUCCCGUUCGCCCAGCCGCGUGGCCAGGACUCUGCCGACAUGAGCGACGUGGAGGAGAACAACUUCGAGGGGAGGGUUAAUGUUCGUGAAGAAAUUGAAGAGUUUUUUCCAAGAAUGUGGAAGAUAAAUCAAGAUAAAAGAAGGCUAAUGAAAAGUAUUAAAGAUCAGAAAAUUAAAAUUGAAUGGGGGAAAAAAUUGAACAGAAGAUUGGUCAGAUAGAAGCACUUGAAUGUUUUUUUAAGGCUAUAAUGAAUUGUUUGAAUUGGGGAAGAAUACACGAAGUAUGAAAAAUGAAAAACUCAAUGAAGAAUGAAGAAAAGUAGAAAGCAAGAGUGAAGUAGAAUUAAAAGAAUCUGGAAGAAUGAAUGGGUCCUAGGUUAAGUAAAUGUAUGGUUUAUGUUCCAGUGUCUGUAUGAUCAAGUUGUAGAUGAAUUUGCAUGAUUACUUAGUUAAUAGAGAAUUGGUGAUCUGGUUCAAGCAGGGACGUAUUUGAGGAAAGCAUACAAUAUUAACAGUGGGUUAGCAAAAUGAAAUUUGUUUUGGAGGGUAUUGCCUAACCAUUUGUUUUUUCAGGAGCAAUCAAUGUAAUAGAAUUACUGUACUUUAAAUGUUAGGAGUUAGGCAUUAAUACAACCAAUACCACUUUUAAUACUGUCUUUUUCGUUAGGAGUCUCGCUCCCAGUCAAAAUCUCCAGCUGGGAGUCCUGCUCGUGUAAAAUCGGAGAGCAGGUCAGGAUCUCGCAGUCCAUCGAGGGCUUCCAAACAUUCUGAAUCGCACUCUAGGUCAAGAUCAAAAUCAAGGAGACGUUCUCGAAGCAGAUCAUACACGCCAGAAUACCGUCGUCGAAGGAGCCGUAGUCAUUCUCCAAUGUCCAAUAGGAGAAGGCACACUGGCAGCAGAGCUAAUCCAGAUCCAAAUACAUGUCUUGGAGUGUUUGGUCUCAGUUUGUAUACUACCGAGAGAGAUUUGCGUGAAGUCUUUUCCCGUUAUGGACCUCUGACUGGUGUCAAUGUUGUUUAUGAUCAACGGACUGGACGAUCAAGAGGAUUUGCUUUUGUUUAUUUUGAGAGAAUUGAUGAUUCUAAAGAGGCAAUGGAGCAUGCAAACGGUAUGGAGCUGGAUGGCAGGAGGAUUCGAGUGGAUUAUUCAAUCACUAAGAGAGCACAUACACCCACCCCAGGCAUCUACAUGGGCAGGCCAACACACAGUGGAGGAGGUGGUGGCGGUGGAGCAGGUCGCCGUCGUGACUCAUACUAUGAUAGGGGGUAUGACAGAGGCUACGACAGAUACGAAGAAUAUGACUACAGAUACAGGAGACGAUCACCAUCGCCUUAUUAUAGUCGAUACCGAUCACGAUCAAGAUCCCGUUCCUAUAGUCCAAGGCGCUACUGAAGAUCAGAAGAGUUACAGUUGAGGACGUGAUUUUUAAAUACAAUGUUCAGAUCUUAGCUUCCUUACUGCUUUCCCUCCCUUUCUUGUCCCCCAUUCAGCUCUUUUACAAAUCUUUGGUUCAUUUAGAAUAUACAUAUUUUCAGUUGAAGUAUUCCUGUUUUCCAUCCCUCCUUAUUGUAAUACUCUUAAAUAUUGUAAUUGUUGUAGUUUUUGUGUAGUAAAACAUCUUAAGUAAAAUGAAAUAGAGAACCCAAAGUGAUGAUACAUUUUGGAAGUCAUUCCUAUUUUGUUUUUAAAACAAUUGGACUCCUGACUAAUCAGAAGAGAGCGUUGAUAUUUUUAAAGCUUGCAUGUCAUAUGUAAUAUACACACUCAGAUACUUUAAUAUAAACCUGCAUUUCCAAAUAACUCGUUAAUCUUUCUGUUAAAAUGUUUACCUAUUACUUUGAUAAACAAGUAAUGACUUUAAGCCUUUUCUGUAAUGAGAAAUUUACUUAGAUAGUCAUGAACCAGAGGAUUUGUUUUUUGGUCAGGUAGUUGCUUUGAGUGUAGACUAUUUGAGCUAGAGCAAAAUUUGGUAUUUGACUGGGAAAAUAGAUCCUUGUACACUCAAAAUUAAGGCUGUGUUUUAUAGAUAAAGUUUCUGGAUUGCUACACAGUAGAUAACAUUUGAAGUUAAAACUAAAAAUCCUGGGGGUUUUAUUGUACUUGGUUGAAUUUUUCCCCCUUAAUUGGUGCAGAAGAAAAAAAUAUUUAUUGAACAUAGCAAUUAGUUCUAUAAUUUGCUGUUCAUUUAAACAACAACAAAACCCACCAACUUUUUGGUAUUGCAAUAAUGAUUAAGGAAGUUUUGUUUCCAGUCCUUUUUGGAGUUUUGAAAGUACGGAUGGAAAAACCUACAACUACAUGUAAACCUUUCCCCCCCCCUCAAUAAAAGUUAAUUCCACUGA